AUGUCGCAAUACAAUAUUAACAUUGUAAUGCUUGGCCAGGGAUCUGUUGGGAAGAGUGCGAUUACUCUACAACUUAUAAGUAGUAAAUUUGUGAUGACAUACUCCCCCACUAUAGAAGAGUCGUUCAAGACUACUUUAAUGGUCGAUGACAAAAUGAUAGCGGUGACUGUUACAGACACGUCUGGUCAGGAAGAGUACAAUGCUUUAUCGGAGUAUUAUAUGAGAAAGGGAGAUGGAUUUGUCGUUGUGUAUUCUAUAGUCAUCGAAUCCACCUUUGACAAAGUCGACGACAUCCACAAACAACUCCAAGCAGUCUUCGAAAACGACCCAGACCACGUCCCAAUCAUAUUAGUUGGUAACAAGUGUGAUCUUGGAAACGAACGUACAGUACCCACAGCAAAAGGAAAAGCUCUUGCUGACUCGUGGAACGCACUGUUCAUAGAAAGCUCCGCUAAAGACAACAUCAACAUCAAAGAGCUCUA